UUUUUUUGGUUCCGAUCCCUAUUUGCUUCCCCCACCCCCAUAAUCAUCACGUCUCCAAUUUUACUCUCUCACUUGCUUUUCAAUCAACUCGCCGCUGUUUCUCAGUUCCACACUUCACUUCUCGCUCGCAAAUUUCACUGUGUUCUCUGUUACAACACUCGCGCUUGCUUCCUAAAAAUGGGCUCUGUAUCGCUAAAAAUCGGAGACGGCACAGCAAGAUUCAAGAACAGGGCUUCCGUUUGCUCCUCAGCCGUAAAUGUCCUUAUGAUCUGCUCGGUACUCACCACAAAUCUCUUUGCUUUUUACGCUUUCACACACGCGCCCAAGCCCCAUCAAACCCAUCUCCUACUUCACCAGACCCACAAGAACAUCUCCCUCAUCUCCGAGCAAGUCUCCUUGAUUCUCAGGGAGAUCGAUUCCUCUCAGAAGAAGCUUGCCCAGGUGCAGAAACAGCUCCUAGGGUAUGAAAGCAUUGAUCUUUCCAGACCCAAUGUUGCUGCUGAGCUGAGGGCUUUUUUGCUUCACCACCAGCUCCCUCUGGGCAAAGAUUCAAGAACUGGGAUCACUGAAAUGGUGGCUGCUGUGGGCCAUUCUUGUGAAAAAUCUGUAGAUUUGCUGUCACAGUUCAUGAACUAUAAGGUCAGUGGGGCUUGUCCGGAUGAUUGGAGUCUUGGGCAGAAGCUGAUUUUGAGGGGCUGUGAGCCUUUGCCAAGGAGGAGGUGCUUUUCCAAGACUAUACCUAAGGUGGGUUUACAACCUUUUCCUAUUUCUCUUUGGAAGAACACUAGUGAAAAGAUUUAUAGUUGGAGUGGCCUUGCUUGCAAGAACUUUGCUUGUUUGAAUUCCAAGAAAUUGAACAGAGAUUGUGCUGGUUGCUUUGAUAUAAUUAGUGGGUAUGAGACUCAGAAAUAUGUUAAGGCUAGAGGGAAGAAUGAUUUUCUGCUUGAUGAUGUGCUCUCAAUGGGAAAUGGUGGAAUCAGGAUUGGGUUUGAUAUUGGUGGUGGCUCUGGAACUUUUGCUGCUAGAAUGGCUGAGAGGAAUUUGACUGUGGUGACUGCAGCUUUGAAUAUUGAAGCACCUUUCAAUGAGUUCAUUGCUUCAAGAGGGCUUUUUCCGCUUUAUAUAAGUUUGGAUCAUCGAUUCCCCUUUUAUGACAAUGUGUUUGAUCUGGUUCAUGUGGGAAAUGGACUGAAUGUUGGUGGCCGCCCUGAGAAAUUGGAAUUCUUGAUGUUUGACAUUGAUCGGGUUCUUAGGACCGGAGGGUUGUUUUGGUUGGAUAACUUUUAUUGUCAAAGUGAUGAUAAGAAAAAGGUUUUAACUCGGUUGAUCGAGGCAUUUGGAUACAAGAAGUUAAAAUGGGUUGUGGGAGAGAAGAGCAAUGGGUCAGAAAAGUCGGAGGUGUACCUGUCUGCUGUCUUACAGAAACCAGUUAGAGCAUAAGUACAUCGGGAGAUCAGAGUAGUUUUGCUAGCAGUAAAUUUCUAUGCAAUGCCGGGAGAUGCAUCUUUCCAGACGAGCUUAUGGAGAGUAGAUUUGUGACAAGUGCUUAUUGGUAAAUUUUCAAAAUGACAUCUCCAUGGUUUUCCCUCUGAAGUAGAGAGAUUUGUGCCUGGCCAACCACUCCCGUUGCAACCUCAUAUCUCUUUGUUAUAUGUUGUUAACCGAACAAGACAAAUUAGUGUAGAGACACCCACCCACAAAUAUAUAACCAUAAAAAGAAAAAGAAAAAGAAAAAAACAAAUAAAAAAACAAAACCCCUCCCUUCCUGUAGCUGUGCCUCCUCCUUACUUCUCUGAUGAAAUUUAUUCAGAAUUACUGCCAACCCAACAUCAAUCUGGAAACCUUAGAAAGGAAGGUGGAGUGUAAAUUUAGGAAAUGGAGAU